CCUAACUCGACGCCCCAUUCUGUCCCAUUCAACCAUUACGAAUAACAAGUCACUUACGCUCGGUCACCCCCAACAACACAUAUAACCAAAAUGCUUUCGUACAAUACCCCUAUCUCUGUUAACGGACAGAACGCUGGACCGACCGCCGGCAUGUCAGCGCGACUCCCAUUAAAGACAGUCGGAAACAACGGGUCUGUCAAUGGAGUGUCAUCCAAUGAUGCGGUGUCAGGAACGGGACGGCACGCUCCCAAGGAGCAGCAUAUCUGGCUAGUCACCGGACCUGCUGGAUGCGGCAAGAGCACGGUGGCAAGAUACCUAGCGGAAUCUCUGCAUUGGCCUUAUAUUGAGGGUGACGAGUUUCACCCACCAGCCAAUAUCGAGAAGAUGAGCGCCGGUAUCCCCCUCACCGAUGCGGACCGGUGGGAUUGGCUCACGGCUCUGCGCGAGGCAUCAAUUCGGGCUCUUGAUCAGGGCAAUGACGGCGUAGUUUUGACGUGCUCUGCGUUGAAGCGCAAGUACCGUGAUGUCAUCCGAGUGGCCCCCUACUUCACCCCGAAUCUCCAUCUUCACUUUAUCUACCUCGAUGCGUCCGAGGAGAUCCUCCUUCAACGAGUCCUUGCGCGCCAAAACCAUUACAUGGGUGCCAACAUGGUCCACAGCCAAUUUGAGGCUCUUGAGCCGCCAACGCCCGCUGAGACGGACGUGAUCCCCAUUGACGUGAGCCGUCCUGCCGAGAUGGUUAUGGCAGAUGCUCUGAACCAGGUUCUCCAUACGAUUGAUGGAAUCCAGAAGGACCAAUCGCAAUGAAGGCUUCGAUGACCUGCAUUGGGGGUCCAAGGGAUGGGAAAAGGAGAUACAAUGCACAACACCUGCAUAUGGCGCUAAGCCCUCGAGGUUCUUGAGCGGCCUGUUUG